AUGGAUGACAAGCGACUCAACGAACUCCUUAAAUGGAGUAUCGAGCAAUCAGACGCUACCAGAAAUGACCCUGAUGCCCCAGCUCCCACCACACAGCUCACACCAGAACUCAUGGCAUCGCUCAUGGGCGGUCCUUCUGACGCCGACCUGAUGAAGGCCUCUAUGGACAUUAUCACAUCGGACGAUGCUGAGCAGGUCUCUCUUGACGAUAAACUCAUCGCCUUUGACAACUUUGAGCAGCUUAUUGAGGGUCUCGACAAUGCAAACAAUAUCGCAAAUCUCAGCCUGUGGACCCCACUACUCGACCAGCUCAAGCAUGACGAGCGAGAGAUGCGCAAGAUGGCGGCCUGGUGUGUGGGCACCGCUGUACAGAACAACGAGCGCACCCAGGAGCGUCUGCUCGCUAUGGGGGGGCUUCCACUCCUUGUAAACCUAGCGACCCAGGAGGAUGAGCAUAACGACGUUCGUCGCAAGGCCGUAUAUGCGCUGAGCUCAGCGGUGCGCAACUAUCAACCAGCGAUGGACCUCUUUGCCGAUGAAAUGACCAAGAGGGGUCACAAGACUGACAAGGUCGAUGCCACAAGCAUGGAGGCUGUCGACGAGGUGGUCAACGGAUUACGCGAGAAAAUCGGCAAGGCUUGA